AUGGCUCAGAACGGAAACGAAUCUUCCACCCCUCUGGACUACGACCAGAUCCCCGGUCCUCUGGGCCUGGAAGCUGCGUCACUAGCGGGAAAAGUCGCCCUAGUGACUGGAGCCGGCCGCGGCAUCGGCCGCGAAAUCGCUCUCGAACUCGGCCGUCGCGGCGCCUCCGUCGUCGUCAACUUCGCCAACUCGGCCUCGCACGCCGCCGAAGUCGUCGCCAUGCUGCAGGCUAUGCCGACCAAGGCCGUCGCCAUCCAGGCCGACGUGUCCUCCGUGCCGGAGAUCACCCGCUUGUUCGCCGAGGCCCGGGCUGCCUUCGGUCGCGGGCUCGACAUUGUCGUGUCCAACAGCGGCGUCAUCUCGUUCGGGCACAUGUCCGAGGUCACGCCCGAGGAGUUCGACCGAGUGUUCCGGGUCAACGUGCGCGGCCAAUUCUUUGUCGCGCAGGAGGCGUACAAGAAUCUGGAACACGGGGGCCGGUUGAUCAUGAUGGGGAGCAUUGCGGCGCAAGCCAAGGGAGUGAGGAGGCAUGCCAUCUAUAACUCGAGUAAGGCGGCAGUCGAAGGGUUGGUGAGGGGGAUGGCGGUCGACUGCGCCGAUAAGAAGAUCACGGUGAACUGUGUCGCGCCCGGUGGCAUCAAGAGUGACAUGUAUCGAGAUAACGCCCGGAAGUACAUUCCUGGAGGCGAGAAGUUGACCGACGCCCAGGUCGACGAGGCUAUAGCGUCCAUGUCGCCGCUUCAUCGGGUUGGGCUGCCGAUUGACGUGGCUCGCGUGGUUUGCUUCCUGGCAAGCCAUGACGGGGGAUGGAUCAACGGGAAGGUCAUUGGCAUAGAUGGCGGUGCGCCGCUGUAG